AAGGAAAGGCACGUAAGUGUCCCCCUCCGAUUUUGAUGAAACUUCGUAGGUUUGUUAAUAAGGGUUUUACUGUGUUAUCAUUGUAAGAGUACACAUAAUAUUUUUCUGUCUUGUUUUCGAGCAUGCAUACAAUGUCUCAGCAUAACUCGCGGACAUGUUUCUACGUUAUAAUAUGAUAUUAGGUGAAACAGGAUACUUUUGAAAAAUUGCACGUUUCUUUUAAAAACAAUCUUACCAACUAUCAUAUAUAAAACUUACAAACUAGUGACUAAUGAUAUACUUAAUCUAACUAUCACUAGAUAGCACGUCUAUAAAGGUCAAUUGGCGACACUGGUCGCUGUAUGUCAACCCAAGAUAUAAAUUCAUAGUGAUGUAGGGUAAUUCCUAGCUUGCUCACCACACCCCCUCAGUCAUUAUUAAAAACAGUUGAUUUCGAAAUAAUAGCCUGCGUUUUUGUAAAUCAAUGAGGAGUCAAAUUUAUAUUUUCUAUAAUAAUAAUAGUAUUCGUUAAUUGUCAGUAAAAUAUUAUUCUUUACUUUUCGAUAAACAUACACAGCAAUAUUAAUUAUAAAGAUAGUGAACGGGCUAAUGACCACAGUAGUCGACGCCCGCAACAAGAAUCAAUCAAUCAAUCAAUCAAUCAAAGAUAGUGAAGGUGCUACCCUUCUUAUACGCCUUUCUUGAAGCAGAAUCAAAGAAUUAAAUUGAUUUUUAUAAUAGUUGAUUAGAAUAAUCAUAGAGUUCAUUGAAAAUUCGAGUAUAAAAAAAGUGAUAGUAAUGUAACAAUGUGUUUUCAAAAAAGGCUUAGAAAUGGAAAAUUACUUAUUGCAGCAGGUGAAGGUAAAUUGGAAGAGGUAAAAAAACUUGUAAAGGAAGGAGCAGAUAUUAAUUUUUCUGAUACAGAAGGUAAUACUGUUUUACAUUAUGCAGUUGAGAGUUGUAAUUUGGAAGUUGUUCAGCAUGUUAUAAAUGAAAUGUACGUCGAUAUUGAUAUUGAGAAUAACGAGAAUAGAACUCCACUUAAUAUUGCUAAAGAGAGCAAAAAGCAAGAUAUUAUGGAAGCAAUAGAAGAGAAAGUAUUGUGCAAUGCUCUUAAUAAUUUAGAGACAGUAAUUUCUUCUAACACUAUAAAUGAAAGUAUCUUACAGGUAGAAACAGAUGUAAAAGGAAAGAUUAUAAAAAAGAUACAAGUUUCCUUACAAGCUCUUGAAGAAUUAACAAAGAGUGAAGAAGAUAUAAAAAAAUUUACUCAUAAAAAUGCAAAUGUUUUUUUGCUCUUUUUAGAAGCAUUUGCAUUACAAGAUGUAGAAAUAAACAACGAAAUAGAAAAAGCACAAAAAGAUGAAUUGAUAAAAUGUUUUGGACAAAAAAAUUAUGAACUUAUUAGAUCUUUAAGAACUCGUCUUGUUCAUCCAAAAGAUACAAACAUGAUAAUUGAGCCUAAAAAUCUACAAAAGCUUACCAAAAUGCAUAGUUCAGUAGCAAAAGUUUUUAUAAGUUUAAAAAAUUAUGCAGAGGAAGUAUCUGAGAGUCUUAAUAAAAAACAAAGUAAAUCAGAUAUAAAAGAUCUAACUGAAAUAUUAUUGGAUUCAGAAAUUCAUAAAUCUAAGAGCAAACUAACUAAGAACAUUUACAAUUUAUUUGAAAGACUAGUAAAAGUCGCUUAUUCAACCAAUGUAAAGCAAGAAGAAUUAGAAGAGGCAAUGUUUGACCUUAUUGUAAAUAUUAUUCCUUUUUUAUCCCAAGAAGGAGUACCAGAAAAUUUACAAAAAUUAAAAGAUUUAAGAAAUGAGCUUUUUCACAAUUUUCAUGAAUAUAAGAAUUUAAAGGUCAGAAAGUUGGAAUUAAAAAAAUCUAUAUCAAAUUUAAGGUCUGACAUAUUUAAAUACUAUUAUUCUCAACGAGUACAUGAUGUGUUGCAAUGCUCAUCAUGUUGCAUAGAUAGUGAGGGCAUAAAGAAGGAUCUCGAUGAGAAAUCAAGGAUUUUAGACAACAAAUUUUUUACAGAACUUUCCCAUGAUGUUCCUCCAGAGGAGGGGGAAAGUUUUGAAUAUAACUUUGAAAAAUCAUUAUUUCCAAAACAAAAUGAUAUUCAAGUAUUAGUAGACCAGUAUUUCAAAUUCAUGACUAUUAUUGAUAGUUGGAAAGAAGAAGAAAUAAAUCAGUUUGUUAAUGAAGAUGAAGAAACUACAAUUUCAGAACAAUAUAGAGAAUUGAGUGAUAUACAAAAAAGGGAAAUAUUUGAUGAUUUCGUGCAAUUGAAGCAAAUAGUGCAAAAUUUUGAUGAGGACUAUAAAAAAGAAAAGCAAGAGGAAUUGAGAAAGAAGUUAGGGUCAGAAGCAAAACGUCAGGAUAAACGUGAAGAAGCAACAGAAUAUUAUAAUAAAGCAAUGGUCUUCUUAAAAGAAGUUCCUUCUGAAAUCGAUACCGAGCAAUUUUUAUUAGUUUUGUCUCGUGAAGCUUAUACAAAGAGUUUGCUGCAAGAAUUUGAAGAAUCUUAUGAAAAAUACGAAAAUUUAUGGAAGGAAAUUGUAAAAUUUGCACUGUAUUUAACAAAGGAUAUUCCAAGAUAUGAUAAAAAGAUUUCUAUUGAUGCAAUUAAGUCACAAAGAUAUGUUGAUCUUUUAGCUUUAUCUAAUGAACAUAAAAAAUAUCUUGAUAUUCUAGAAAUAAGGAUGUCUAUGGGUUUUCAAAAGGAGUAUCAAAAAGAAGGAGGAAAGAAGGAGCUUAAUCGUAAAGUAGCAUACGAGAUUUAUAAGGAGGUUUAUAACAUACAGAAAUUAAAAUCUGGAAUGGAGAUUAAAAGUACUUUAGGAACUAUGAGAAGGAUGGCAAAACUAAAUUAUCUGAUUGCUAAUGAAAAGUACACAAAGCAUAAAUACAAAGACGCCUUACGGUACUACUAUGAAUCAUUAGCAGGGGAGAUAAGAAUUUUGAAAAUACAGGAAGAAAAUUAUAGUAAAUUUCACCCGGUUAUUAGAGAAACUAAUCUAAAAUUUAUCAAAAAGAUUCUAGAUUUUAUUGCACAAAUAAAUGAUAGGCUGGGUGAUUUAGAACAACAAAAUAAAUUAAAAGAAAAUACUAUAAUACUAAAAUACUAUAAUACAGCACAAACAAUUUUUGAUAAACUUUAUGAUGUUGACAAACAUAAUUUGUAUUUAGAAAAGAGCCAAAAAAUAAUAAAAAAGAUUCAAAAUUUAAAACAGAGUUCUACAAGGAAGAACAAAAGGGAAUGGAAUUUGGAAUGGACAGCGAAAAGAAGAUGCUUGAAUAAUUGAAAUCGGAUCAUCAUGAAGAUUUUUUACAAAGAUUUCAACAAAUUAUUUUCAAUUUUAAACCUAACAUAAAAAAGAAAAUAUAUCAGUUAACUUACAUUUACACUGUGUCACAAAUUUUUACUUUUUUUUUAAUUUCAUAACUGCCACUGUGAAAUUCUUAUAGAUUUUUGCGAGCUGUCUUUUGCAGAAAUCUAAAAAUAUUUAAAGACGAAAAUUGCAGAGAAAAUCACCAUUUAACAAAGAAAUUGAAAAUAUUAACAAUUGAAUUGUAAUUCAUACAAGAACAGAUGGAUAGACUUAUGGUUUGUAGUGCAAUUAACUACAAAGGAAAAACAUCCAUACAAUUUGUAUAUGGAAAAAUGAAAAGUAGAGAUUAUCUAAUGAAUGAAGCUAUCAUGACACAUGCAGAACACAUAAAUAAUGAAGAAUACAUAUUUCAAUAUGGCAAUGCAGCAGUUCAUACAGCUUAAAUUGUCAAAAUAUAUUUUGAUACAAACAAUAUUGUUAUUUUAUGGUAGCCAGCAAGGUCACCUAAUUUAUAUAUUAUGUAUUGAGAAUAUAUGAGGCGAAAUUAAUCCGUCAUGUAUAUCAUGGUGCCAAAUAAUUUAAUUCGCCACAAGAAUUGAAAAUCGCUAUAAAGGAAGGUUGAAAUUAAAUUUCUAAAAAACUGAUAACAAAGCUAUACAAAAGACUACUAAAAAGACUAUUAGAAGUUAUAGAAAGAGAAGGAAAAUGUAUACGUUGAAAUUUCAAUAAAACUCCAAUUUUUGAAUAAAAUUAUUAUUUUUCUUCAGUGUAUUCUAAUUUCUGGAAAACAACGUAGAUAACAACAAAUUUUUCCUACGUUACAAAAACAGAGAGUAUUAUUUAUGGAUAUAUACACAAAAUGUUUACAAAAUUACUGAAUUUGAGAAACACGGAAAAUCUAGGGGUGCCUUACUAUUUGGUACAGAGUAUAGAUUCACGGAUAAUGUAUUUUACACUCAAAUGAAACCUAAUAUUUUCUAAGGGGCAGCACCCUCUGCUUCCUAUUGGUGUAAAGUGUAAUC